AUGCCGGUUCUGGGGGGCAGAAGAGGGGCUGUACCUGUUUUGGGGGACAGGAGAGGGGUUGUGCUCGUUUUGGGGGACAAGAGAGGGGCUGUGCUCGUUUUGGGGGACAUGAGAGGGGCUGGCCACUGCACCCCAAAACCUGGGGAUGCUCUGCGUCCUUCCACCUUCUCACCCCGCCGGAUCGCUGGGGGCAGGACAGACCCCCGGGGCCAGAGGGACCCCCAGAGCAGAGGGGUCCCCCCUCCCGUCGGGCCGCGGCCCCGGCGUGUUUUGCCGCGCAGCUGGGCCGGCGUGCGGGGGCGAGGGGCGCUCUUGGCACGGGACGCUCGUCCUUCUCCCCGGCCCGGGUCCUCCCCCGCGCUGCCCGCUCGGACACGUCCCUGCCGCCCCGGGGAGGGCAGCCAGAGGGCGAUUUUCCGGCAGGCCAUGCGGCACUGGGAGAAGCACACCUGCGUCACCUUCCUGGAGCGCAACGACGAGGACAGCUACAUUGUGUUCACCUACCGCCCCUGUGGGUUCUACUUAUUUUUUGGGUCCUGGGUACUAGAGGCAUCCAGGGAAGCCAGGGGAACACCCUGGACUCCCACAAGGCGUGCCUCAGUUUCCCCACCAGCUGAUCGCCCCCCUCCCUGCCCCUCUGCAGGCAGCCAGAGGGCGAUUUUCCGGCAGGCCAUGCGGCACUGGGAGAAGCACACCUGCGUCACCUUCCUGGAGCGCAACGACGAGGACAGCUACAUUGUGUUCACCUACCGCCCCUGUGGGUGCUGUUCCUACGUGGGCCGGCGGGGAGGGGGACCCCAGGCCAUCUCCAUCGGCAAAAACUGCGACAAAUUCGGCAUCGUGGUGCACGAGCUGGGCCACGUCAUCGGCUUCUGGCACGAGCACACGCGCCCCGACCGGGACGACCACGUCUCCAUCAUCAGGGAGAACAUCCAGCCAGGGCAGGAAUACAAUUUCCUGAAGAUGGAGCCGGAGGAGGUGGAGUCGCUGGGGGAGACCUACGACUUCGACAGCAUCAUGCACUACGCCAGGAACACCUUUUCCAGGGGCAUCUUCCUCGACACCAUCCUGCCAAAAUACGACGUGAACGGCGUCCGUCCCGCCAUCGGGCAGAGGACACGGCUCAGCAAGGGGGACAUCGCCCAGGCUCGCAAGCUCUACCGCUGCCCAGCCUGUGGGGAGACACUCCAGGACAGCCAGGGUAACUUCUCCUCCCCGGAAUUCCCCAACGGAUACUCUGCCCACAUGCACUGCGUCUGGAGGAUCUCGGUGACCCCCGGAGAGAAGAUCAUCCUGAAUUUCACCACCCUGGACCUGUACCGAAGCCGGCUGUGCUGGUACGACUACGUGGAGGUGAGAGACGGGUUCUGGAGAAAGGCCACGCUGCGAGGUAACAACCCCGGGCCUGCCGCCCGCUCCUCCUGCCCGCCGGCACCGCCCCGGGGCCGCAGCGGGGCCGGGGGAUCCCCUCUGCCCCUCUCCCUGCCUGCCCGGCAUCCCAGAGUCCUGGGGAUGGGGGGAGUUAUCCCCCAGAGGGCCAUCUGUGGAGGGGAUGUGAAAAAGGACAACGGGCACAUCCAGUCCCCCAACUACCCCGAUGACUACAGACCCAGCAAGGUGUGCGUGUGGAAAAUCACCGUGUCCGAGGGCUACCACGUGGGAUUGACCUUCCAGUCCUUCGAGCCCGCCCCCGAGCCCGUGGAGGUGACGGGCGCUGGGUGGUGCCGCCCUGCAGCCGCCUGCGGAGGUUUCCUCACCAAGCUGAACGGCUCCAUCACCAGCCCGGGGUGGCCCAAGGAGUAUCCCCCCAACAAGAACUGCAUCUGGCAGCUGGUGGCCCCCACCCAGUACCGCAUCUCCCUGCAGUUCGACUUCUUCGAGACCGAGGGCAACGAUGUGUGCAAAUACGAUUUCGUGGAGGUGCGCAGCGGGCUCACGGCCGACUCCAAGCUGCACGGGAAGUUCUGCGGCGCCGAGAAACCCGACGUCAUCACCUCCCAGUACAACAACAUGAGGAUCGAGUUCAAGUCCGACAACACCGUCUCCAAAAAGGGCUUCAAAGCCCAUUUCUUCUCAGACAAGGAUGAGUGCUCCAAGAACAACGGGGGCUGCCAGCACGAGUGCCUCAACUCCUUCGGCAGCUACGAGUGCCAGUGCCGCAGCGGCUUCGUGCUGCACGACAACAAGCACGACUGCAAGGAAGCUGGCUGCGACCACAAGGUGACAUCUGUGUCCGGGACCAUCACCAGCCCCAACUGGCCCGAUAAAUACCCCAGUAAGAAGGAGUGCACCUGGGCCAUCAGCACCACGCCGGGGCACCGCAUCAAGCUGACCUUCUCGGAGCUGGACGUGGAGGCCCAGCAGGAAUGUACCUACGACCACCUGGAGAUCUUCGAUGGGAAGGACGCCAAGGCGCCGGCGCUCGGCCGCUUCUGCGGCGCCAAGGAGCCCGAGCCCAUCGUCUCCUCGGGCAACAAGAUGUUCCUCAAGUUUGUGUCCGACAACUCCAUCCAGAAGAAGGGAUUCGAGGCCACCCACACCACAGUGUGUGGGGGCCAGGUGCGCGCUGAGGUGAAGACCAAGGACUUGUAUUCCCACGCCCAAUUUGGGGACAACAACUACCCGGGGGGCUCGGACUGCGAGUGGGUGAUCAUGGCAGAGGAGGGGUUCGGCGUGGAGCUCAUCUUCCAGACCUUCGAGAUCGAGGAGGAGGCAGACUGCGGAUACGACUACAUGGAGCUGUUCGACGGCUACGACGGGACGGCCCCGCGCCUCGGGCGCUUCUGCUCCUCUUCCCUGUUCGGGGGAUGCUCCACGGGGGCUGCGCCCAGGCAGAAGCGGGAUGGGCACCGGAGAUUCUCAUCCCGAGGGGUUUUCGGUCUCCGUGAUGGAAAGGGGGUGUGGAGCUCGGGGAGCUUUGCAGUGACAGGACGAGGAGCGAUGGUGGUAAACAAAAAACAGAAGCGCCACCUCAACACGAGGAAGAACUUUCCAUGA